AUGAACUUAAAAGAGGAAGAUUUCAAAUUGUUUGAGCGCCAGGUGGCAACGGGAGGCAAGCAGCAAAACGUGAGUUAUCAGCGGUUCAUCGAAAUAUGCCAAGAUAUCGCCGGGGAGGAGAUCGGCCAGGAGUUCGAAAAGCUGCUCGCCGCCGCGUCCGGCAAGGACAAACUGGCGCAGGCGGAAACCUUCCGCAAGCUGGGAAACGACUUGCUGAAUCUGCGGAAGUACCACAAGGCUGUCGAGUUUUACACGAGGAGCGUCGUUUGGGCUCCCAAGGGUUCGAGCGCGUGCGGACAAGCUUACGCAAACCGCAGCGCCGUCCUCGAGCUCAUGGGCUAUUACCAAGAGUGCAUUCAAGACGUGCAAAGAGCCGUGCAAAACGACUACCCGCAAAUGCUGACGUUCAAACUGUUCGUCCGACAGGCCAAGUGCCACAAGGAACUCAAAAAUCUGAACGCGGCAAAGGCCAGUUUGGAAAAGGCAAAGAGUUGCAUCAAGGAACUCAAACUGCCCGAAGAGAAGAAAACGCAGCUGUCUUCGAGCGUUGAAAAAGAGUUCAAUGAGAGCUUGGAGCCCAAAGCGAGGCGUCUCGUCGAAAUUUAUCCUGACCCACCGCUCCUGAGCUACGGCAAGAACAAGGAGGCGCCAAGUUUGUCAAAUGCGGUGUCCAUAUCGCACGACGCAAAUUUCGGCAGGCAUUUGACAGCUGCCAGAGACAUCCAAGCAGGUGAUUAUGUGCUGGUUGAACAACCGUACGCUGCAGUUCUGGCUCCCGAGUGCAUUACUACUCAUUGCAGCCACUGCAUGAGGAGAAGCUACUCGCUGGUUCCAUGUGAAAACUGCGACUGGGCUCUGUUCUGCAGCGAAAAGUGCCAAGAGAUUGCCUAUGAAAAAUAUCACAAGGAAGAGUGCGCCGUUUCCAGCAAGUGUUUCAAAGUGAUUGACGAAAUGAAUCUGCAGCGGAGCUGUCAUUUCAUUCGAAUUGUUUCUACGUUCGGACUGAAAAACGUGUUGGAUUUCUUGAGCAAGUCUACCGAAGAGAAUCGUGAUGCGAGGACCAACGGAUUUAGCGCUGAUGGCAUUUACAAGUCUGACGCAUUCGAAUCGAUUUUUAACCUCGUGACAAACCUUGAGCAGCUCCCUUUACUAAUGGUUUACGCGGCUUGCACCAUUUCCAUCAAACUGGUUAAAUGUUUCAACGUUAACGACCCGGUUUUAGAAAGCAAACUGGCGGCUUAUUGCUUGAAAAACUUGGUAGCGCUGAAAAACAACGCUCACGAAAUCACGCACACGCACUUGGGUGGGCCCAACAGGGUGCGUUACGAGGUGGUCGGAGGCGGCAUUUUCUCCUGCUCGUCCCUGUGCAACCACUCAUGCAAUCCAAACGUCUUCCGCACCAAUUACGGAACCGCAAACGUGAUCCAAGCAAUCAGGCACAUUAGGAAAGGGGAGCAAAUUUUUGACUCGUACAAAGAACACUUUGCAUUUGACGUGAAAGCAGAGCGGCAGAGUUACCUGCUCGACCAUUACCACUUCAGGUGCACGUGCGAGGCGUGCGAAAAUAAUUGGGGACUCGUGCAAACGCUGCCGAUCCACCCUCAGUUCAGCCUUUCGAAAGACAAGAAAAUCAAGAGCCUGUACGAUCAGAUGAUAACCGCGACUUUCGCGUGCGCGGAUAACGAGAUGCCAGUAACCGACAGCAACGUCAAUAUAUUCCUCAAGGUGAUUAAUACUUUAAGCAACAGCGGCAGCAAAGCGCUUUUGACUCAAACCAUGCAGGGCGCGCAAGAAGACUUGAAAAACUACUUUAAAAGUAGAGGAAAUUGCAUCAUGUAAAUAAGAGUUUUGUUUUAUUUUAAAUAAAUUUGGUCUACGUUA